AUGUCGGGGCGUCUAGGAUUGUCGCAACCCUGUCAGACAUGCGGAACGAAUGCCGAGAAGACCUUUACCUGCAUCCAGUGCAAUAAUCUGGCCUUUUGCGACGCGUGCUGGCCCAAAUGGAUGCUGCACACGCCAGGCUCAGUUGGUUGGAACGGCAAACCGCAUGAGAAAGCGGAUCCGCUUGUUGUCCAUCGGCUGCGUCAGAUCUUAGAGCCAACCCGCACAGAAGCCGAGCACGAAUCCGAAUUGCUUGAAGACCGCGAUACAACAUGGUUCGGGUUUGGCCGCGAUGCCUCCGGCCAACCUCUAUUUCAAGACUAUGGCCGGUUCGCCGCCAUUAUGAGUGAGACAGUCACUGAUGAGACGGUUGAGCGAUACCCGCAAUUAGCUACAUUCAUCGGAGAAACUGGCGUCGGGAAAAGCACUCUUAUUAAACUCCUCAUCGACCGACAUGAAUUCACCGCCGGCGACGGCUCUAAUAACUAUUAUGCUCCGGUCACAUCGUCCAGUCAUGAUCGCAUCUCCACCACCGGUGAUGUCCACUUAUACGCCGACCCAUCGACUUUGUAUAGCAACAACCCGUUGCUCUUAGUUGACUGCGAAGGUCUGAGUGGCGGAGAAGGCAUCCCGAAGCAGCUUCGACAAUGUUCGAGAGGGCCAGGUGCUGUAGACCCAGACGACAGUAGCCCUGGUAGACCUUGCUUGACGAGAAGGAUCAUGUGGGCGGAUACGCCCCAGACACAGAAGAGAGAGUUCGCAGUGGGCAACUUGUAUCCACGAAUUCUCUACACCUUCUCCGACGUCGUGGUUUUCGUCUUGAGAAACCCUCGAGCAUUUGAGUCGGUGGUACUUGAUAAGCUAGUUAGAUGGGGUGCAGCUUCUAUCGAUAAGUCCCUUAAUCAGCCAGUACUCCCCCACGCAGUAAUCGUGUUCAACGCUACGGACAUCAACGUCGACGAGAAGGAAUGGGAUGUAACUAAAGCUACGCAAAUGCUAAUGACCGAUAUCCAUGAUGCUAUUAUACGCGAGCCGGCUUUACAGGAAUAUGUGCUGCUGAACGAGCAAGUCGGGAAGCUUUGCAACCUCCUCAGUGAUCGCUGCAAGACUUCGUAUCAGAGGAAAAGACAAGUACGGAUGCUGGCGAAUACGGAAAAGCUCCAGUUCUACCUCCAAGCCGCUUACGACCAUUUCACCAAGGACCUCCAUACACCCUUUGAUUUCGUGAAGGAAACCCUUCGACAUAGCCCCAUCUCCCGAAAUUUUGAGGGCAAUAUAUUGAACUUGGCGUUGUCGAUCAAGGAGAAGUCGAACGUGCAUGAUGCGGAACAGAUCUUUAGAGCUAUAGGGCCUAUGAUCGCGUCGUGUGUGAUGCUUGACGCUGUCCGUCAGAACCUGCCAGGUAGCGCAAGCCGCCUCCUCGACGACCGAUACGCGAAGCCUUGCGCCGGCGCACUACAGACAUUCGCCGAUCUCUACUGGCCAUGCAGCUUCACCAACUCGUCGUACAGCGGCGAGCUCGGGCACUGCUGCAACGUCAGAGCCGGCCACAACCCCAAAGGCCACCAGAACAAGCAAGGAAAGAUCAUCGGGAACGGGGACUACGAGUCGAACUUUAACGCCUCCGCCUUCCGAUCCGUCUGGGAACAUCUGCUCAGAGCCAGCCUGGCUCAGGUACAAGCUAGUAACUUCAAGCUUGGCCAGGAGUUUCCCGACAGAAGCGAGCUCCAGGUCGCGGCGCUCAUCCACCAGGAACGCUUGAAUGAGCUGUACUCGAACGUCUUGGGCGCGGCGACGAAUUAUGUCAGCUAUUCUGCGUGCCUUUGCUGCUUGAGAGAACUGCCUGAGUGCGCCUUGCCCUGUGGUCAUGUCCUGUGCUUCCCCUGUGUACAGAUUUAUGGGACGAGAACGUCGAAGACUACUGUCGAGAUCAGUCGGUGUCCUUUGCAUGUUCGCGAUAUCAUUGCCAGUCCGCCCUGGGUCAUCACGACGAAGCCACGUUAUGCCGGCGCUCGAGUACUAUGUCUUGAUGGUGGCGGCGUUCGUGGUGUGAUACAACUCCAAGUCCUCACGGAGUUGGAGAAUGUGCUGGGUCCAGACCUGCCAAUCCAACUCUUCUUUGACCUCAUUGUCGGAGUCAAUACCGGUGGUAUCAUCGCGAUCGGACUAGGAGUAAAGAAAUGGACCGUCAACGCGACGAUGGAGAAGUUCAAAGACAUAUGCAAAGAGGCCUUCGUGCCUCGGGAGAUGGCCAGUCUGCCGUUAUUCGGCGCCUUAUCAAACCUCUACCACGGCAGUCUAUACAAGACCCAGCCUUUCACCAAAGCGCUCAGGAGGUACUUGUCAGACCAGCCGUUCUUCGGCGCCGCUACGCAUCGGUCACGGGUUACGACCUCCACCAAGGUGGCUGUCACGGCGACUAUGGGAAUAGAGCGGCAGGCCGUCGUGUUUGCGAAUUAUAAUCGCCCUGACCUUCCUGAACUUCCAUAUAGGUUUAUCCGAUCAGAUUCGCCAGCAAAAGAGAUGCGCAUGUGGGAAGCCGCUCGAGCAACAUCCGCCACCCCGCCCUUCUUCAAGCCCUUCCUCAAAGCCGAGACUAACCAAGAAUUCGCCAACAACGACCCGCGCUACGCCUGCCCCGUCGUCGUAGCCCACUACGAAGCCAAGUCCAUCUGGAGCGACAUCGCCGACAGCCCGCCGGACCUCCUCCUCUCCAUCGGCGCCGGCCGCAACGUCGGCGACCGCAGCACGAUAGACGACUCCUCCGGCUUCCCGCGCUCAUCGCGCUCCCUCACCAACGAAACCGUCACCACCAGCGGCCUAUCCUCCAGCGCCGUCGUCCGACAGGGGCGCGGCGGCGCGGGAAAUUACAAGCGCCAGAACAACAACAGCAACAACACGGCGACGUCGCCGACAUCCGAGACCGGGGGGCAGGGGGGCAAGUCGGCGAGCGGCAGCUACGUGGUCCGCGACCCCAAAACCCCAAUGCUAGUCUCGUUCACGAACCCGCUGCCGAGCCAGACCGACAAGCUCAACGAUCAGCGGCUCGGCGACCGCGCGUGGGCGCGCUUCAUGGCGAGCAGCGCCGCGGGCGGCCGCCGCAUGCGCUACAUGCGCGUGUGCCCGGAGUUUCUGGGGAAGCUGCCGAAGCUGGACGAGGUGGGGAAGAUGGAGAUGGUGGAGGAGGAGGCGGCGGAGCUGCUGAGGCAGACGCACCAGGAGCUUGUGGAGGUCGCGCAUAGGCUGGUCGCGAGCACCUUCUUCUUCGAGAAGGAUGCCCUGGGCGUGAAGCAGGGCCCGUCGGGGUUUAGCUGUACCGGCGCCAUAUUCUGCCGCUUCCCCCUCUGCUCCCGGGAACUCAAAGCCCUCGGCUGGUUCCUGAUCUCGCGCCUCGACGGUGAAUUCGAGCCGUACUUCCUGCUCGAAGUGCGCGAAGAAGCAGCACAACAAGACGCAGAAGAAAGCGUCCCGGUUCCGAAGUGGCCCCCCCGCCAGAUCGUCCUCAAUAGCUCCGUGCUCCAGGACAUGCACCUCCAGGGCGCGUUCGACCUCGACCCGCUGCGCAUCCACGCGGCGACCGAGGGCGCGGAGGUCAAUGUCUCGCUGUGCUUGAGGACGAGGCCGUAUCCGAGCGGGGUCACGGUGCUCCCGAUCAGUGGGUUCCCGAGACGGAUCAUGCGCGAGGAUGGGGGUGGGGGGUUGGGGUUCCAGGGUGGCCCAUCCACGGCUAGAUCGUUCUCCUCCGUCAUCGAGAAACGCGCCUCGGGGUUGUCCGGGAUCAUCACGGCGCGGAAACAAUCGGUCGCUGACUCCAUCCCAAGUCCUGCCCCCAGCGUCGAUUCACUCGGGAAGCUGUCGCUGGCGGGAGGGGAUUAUAGGGCUGAGUUAGAGGGAUAA